AUGUCGAAAAAUGGGACCAACAACCCGAAUCGACAAGGCGGUGGUAUAAGCGACGACGAGGAGAUGGAGGACAACAGCCCAGCUAACGAAGUUCCAGCUUCGUCGGCGCCACAACAACCACAGCAGCAACCGCCACAGCAGCCACCGCAACCGCAGCAGCAACCGCAGCAGCAACGACAGCAGCAGCAACUACAGCAGCAGAAUGCUACCUCACCGGUGCUGGAUCAUACCGGGUGGCCCGCACUACAGCUCGGUGGUGCCCAUCCCGGUAUGCCUGGUGGAGCGUUACCCUCUAUGGUACCGCUACAGCAGCAGCAGCAGCAACCGGCUGGGAUGCCAUCUUUUGAGAAGUACUGUGAGCAGUCAGAAAUGAAGGCUUACAUGUACGACCCGAUGGCUGGCUACCAGUGGCAACAACCAGGUGCUGCUUAUAUGCAACCACCAAAUUACUACAGCAGCAUAUGA